UUCUCAUGCAGGUUAGACUAUAGAUUUAGAAUCUAGCCAUGCAAUUAGCAAUUUGAGAACGGCGUCACAAUUACAGAUCUAGAUCUAUAAACUCAUAAUUAUCUUUAUAAGCAAAUGAGCUCCUGACUAUAGUUAUAGACUGUAUACAGCCUGGAUCUAUAAUGAAUGUACUCAUAAUGCAGCUGAAAGUGAAUUUACUGUUGAUAUUCUGCACCAGUGCAUACGGAGAGUUGGCGAAAAUUGAGGCUCCAUUUGUCUACAAUGCCUACUUAAACCAGCCGGAUAAUGGAGUGUUUGUAUGUUUGGUAAGAAAUGGUGGAUCAGCUCGCUGGAUAGUAGAUGGACAGCAGGCAGACAGUGUUCCAAUACUAUCCAGAGAAAUUACUGUUACGUAUGAUCUGAAUCAAGUGCCUGGGUACAUUACAGCAACCAUUACAAUUCCUGCUACUGUUGUUAAUUCAAAUGGUGUCACCUGCAAAUGCAGACGAUACACAUCUAUUGGCUUUGUUGAAGCCUAUGAAACAGCUAAGUUUUAUGUUCAAGGAAUUCUCCAGAUGUCAUCAAACUACACAGUAGCACGUUACAAUAAAUCUCAUAACAGAGUGUCUUGGACAGAACCCUUUUCACUAAAUAUUACUGCUGUCCAGCAAGAUAUCUUUGGUUACACAAUUUGUACUGACGGUCUGACAGCAAUUGAGCAACUACAGUGUAUGAACACAACAACAGCAGAGAUUAUUCUUCCCAAGUACUGUGUUGACGUCAAUUACUUAACAGUUGGUGCCUGGAAUAUUGUGGGAGAAAGUAACACAGUUUUAUUUGCAGUUGAGCGUGAGACCACAGGUGAAAAUACUUCACUCUCAGAAGCGAUUGCUGAAAUAUCGUUCAGCGGCAACGAAACUGAAAUCAACAUAAUCUUUAAUGACUCUGAGCUUGAAUUGUGUCUUUGUGUAUUUCAAGUCACCAUUUUUCAACUUACAAGCAACUCAAUUGUCUUCAAAGGAUUUAUAUAUAGUAUCUAUGAAUACUUGACGAUAGUGUGUAACCUUCCACACAACGAGACGUUUUUGGCCAAUGUUAGCUGUUCUGAUAAUAAAAUUGAGCACUCAAACAUUCCUUUUAGUACAUACGAUAUUCAAAACGUAGAAAUCAUUGUGAGAGGAAAUAAUGUCACUGUCACUUGCUGGUUUGCUAGAGGGACAACUGCUCGUGGCUUUAAGAUUGACAUUCUGGGCGUUGAAAAUCGUUUAGUGAUUUCUAUGUUUGUCAGCAUAAAUGAAACUUGUGUAAAAGGUUGUUCAUACAGUGUAGAUGUGGAGGUUGGUAAUUUCACCACUACUGUUUAUAAUUGGGAACAAGAUGGUGGUAUACGCAGAGUGUACAGUAGAGAGAUUGUUAUCAUAACCCUCAAGUCCAACUCAACAACAGAGAGUACAGUUAUUAGAAACAUUACUGACUUGGACCCCAUUACAACAGUACACUGGGGUAAUUAUACUGUAACUUCAACCAUAAUCGGUGCAGGUGUUAUUGGAGGUUGUUCUGGUGGAGCAGUUUGCUGCAUUAUAUUCAUUACUGUAACAUUAGCAGUGUUGUUCAAGAAAAGAAGGAGAAAAUCAAAGAAAACGUUCGAAGUCAGCAACUGUGAAGCAUACUCUAUUGUAUUGAAUAUGAGAAAAAAUGAAGCGUAUAAUGAAAUUUGUAUUGCCAACCAUUCACAAAUAAUUGCUACGGAGCCACAUCUGUAUGAUGUCAUAGAAAAUGCUCAAGGAUCACCUACACUACCUACAGAACCUUUGUAUGCAGAAAUACGUGUAUAGGUAGACAGUUUUAUACUGAGAAUUUGAAUGCAUGCACUAUAGCUUGUUGACAUUUACUUUAUUCACUCAUGGCUGCAUGACUAACGAUAAUAGUAGAAUACUGAAUUUUGUUGAAUGCUAAACAAGCUUGUUUUCAUAUAA